UAUUAAAUGAAGCUGAAUUAAGUUGAUUGCAUCGCAAUGUCAAAGUUAAUGUCCAACAAGAAGGCGUACCAGCGGAAUUGCGCAUUGUGAUAACGUGAACGUAACGUAAAACGCGAGCGAUUUUGCUGCUCUUUGCGGGUGUGCGUGUGCGUGUGUGCUUCUGCCAAGUGUAUGUGUUGUGAUUCUGCGUAUGUGUAUGUGUGCGUGUGCGUAUAAUUUUGGUGUGCGGCUGCAGAAGGCAACGACACGGCGCGCCGCUGGCCAGCAGCAGCAGCACCAGAAGAAACAACAACAGCAAAAUACAAAUCAAAAUCAAUGCUGUCAACAGCCAAGGAAAGCAAAAUGAGCCUUUUGCACAAGAUGGACGGCAGCAUCAGUUCUCCAUCCACGCCCAACAACUGCUCGGCGGGCGGCGUCGGUGGCUGCGGCAGCAGCAGCAGCAACAACAGCAUCAACAGCAGCGGCGCCACCAACACCGUCAAUUACGCGGGUCACACAACCAGCACCUCGUCAACGCCCCCGCCGCAGCAUCCGCAGUACCAGCAGCAUCCGCAGCAGCAUCCGCAACAGCCGACGUCGGCGACGACCCCACAGCAGAGCGGGCGAACAGUUGGGGGUGUGCCGCCAGCGCCGCCAAGCAGCAGUACAUCGUCGUCGGGCUCGUCGGGCCAUAAGAACAGUCUGAAGGGGACAAAGUUGGCGCGACGUGCGCGCUCCUUUAAGGACGAUCUUAUUGAGAAGAUCUCACUGAUGCGCACCACAAACAAUACGCUCGGCCGAUCGCAUUCGCCGCACAGUCCGCGCAGCAAGCACGGCUCCAAGCCGCCGCCCACCACCGAGGAGGUGCAGCGUUCCACGCAAACGCUGGAGACGCACGUCAAGGAUAUAUCCAAUGCACUCAAACAUUUUCGCGAUGUCAUACACAAGAAGAAGCUGGAGGUGCUGCCCGGCAAUGGCACCGUCAUACUGGAGACCAUUGCCAGCAUGUAUUCCGUCAUUCAGUCGUAUACGCUGAACGAGAACAGUGCCAUCAUGAGCUCCGCCACACAGCAGGUCUAUCAAUCGCUGGGCAAGCUCAUCAAGCUCUGCGACGAGGUCAUGCUGAGCGAGAAGAGCGGCGAGUGCGCCUCGCUCAGCAACGAGAAUGUCCGUGAGGUCAUCGAUCUACUCGAGGAUGCAGUGCGCAAUCUGGUCACACUGGCGCAGGGCAAGCUUAAGGAGCAGGAUCAGUGCACGUUUCGUUACAGCGGCGCCGGUUUGGGCGGCAUUGGUGCCGCUGCGGACAUAAUGGGCGUGGUGACCACCGCAAGCGCAGCGGGAAGCAUGACUGGGCUGCGUACGCCCGCCGAUGCGGCAGCGGCCGCUGUGGUGCAGCGCACCUCGCUGCCGGAUAUUGCGCUAACGCCCAAGGAGCGCGACAUACUCGAGCAGAGCAAUGUGAAUCCCAUGCGCGGCUCGCACAGCACGGAGAGCAUACUGCGCGAUACGAGCCCGCCGCCAAAGCCGCCGUUGCCCAACCGGGCGAGCAAUCCGCCGCCGUUACCACCAAAGCGCCGCAGUCAGCCGCAGUCGCAGCUGGCGAAUGCCAAUGUAUCCACCAAUACCAAUACGAACCCCACCACCAGCCACUCGUCGCAGGCGAAUAGCCCGUUGCCCUAUGCACAAUCGCAUAACAUCAGCCUAAACUCUGAUCUGGAUUGCAGUUCGAAUUUCUCGCUGCUUAACUAUGGCGUGGAUCGCCUUUCGGUGCGCUCGCGCUCACCAGACGAGAACAGCCAAUGCUCGUUCGACUCGGCGCUGAAUCAUUCACGCGAGGAGGAGGAACAGCUGCAGAAGCCGCCGUCUAGAACGCUACACCAUCAAUUGGAGGACGAUGUGGAUAAGCUCAUCAGCUACAGUGAGUUCCCGCAAGCAAUAGCUCCCAACAUCAGCUCCAUCUAUAACUCAAUUUCUCAAACUCGCUUGCGACCAGCAGAGGCUCCGGCUGAGGCUGGCGCUGCGCUGUCACAGGAGGCAGCCGCGUCCAGCGCUCAGAUGACGCCGCCUUUGCCGGGUAUCAGCUCUGCAUCUGGUCCUGGCUCUGGCUCUGGCUCCGGCCCUGGCGCAGCCGAGGCCAACACGGAGCUGCGUAAAGCAGCCGCAGCGCUAACCAGCAAUCGUCAUUCAAACGAAUCGGGUAUUCCAGGCUUUGUAUCGAUGAUGUCAUUUCGUACCUCCACGCAGAGCGUCUCGAAACGCUCCUCGGAGCACAGUGUGCAAUCCUCGACAAAGUCAUCGAGCAGCAAUUCGGAGAUCGCCUUUGGCAUUAACGAGAUGACCUGCGCAUCCUCGACGACAACAACAACAACGGCGAGUCGGAGCAACAGCGGCAGCAACAACGAUUAUCAGCAGCUAAGCCAAACGCAGUCAACGCAACGUCACAUCACCAGCAACAGCAGCAACAUCAGCAGCAGCAUCAGCAGCAACGGCAACGGCAACGGCAACGGCAACAGCAACAGCAACAUUAGCUGCAGCAGCAGCAAUACAACGGCAAUGGCAACAACAAUUGCCAGUGAACAGUUGCUGGCGCUGGGCAGCAAUUGCCCAUCGCCGGAGCUGGCGCCGGCGUUGCCACCCAAGACGCAGCCGCGAACAACAUUGUCACUCUUUGAUGCGGCCAUGGAUAUGCUGGACGAUCCCAUUUUUGAAAUGCCGGAGAUGCGUCAAUUGUCGCCACAUCAUCAGCAUCAUUCUUCGUCGACGCAGCUGCAUCAGUGGCAAUCCAAGCAUCACAGUCUCAUUGAGCCGCCGCGGAGCGCCCAUUUGCCCAGCAGCUGCAGCAGCGCCUUUGACAGGCAUUUGGAGAAGCCGCCGCCGCUGCCGAGGAAGAAGAAGAACAUUCUGGCCUACAUGGAGAUCUGCUCGGCGAAUUCGCACUCUGUGGAGCAGCAUCGGCAUACAAUGCACGCGUACAACAUCAGCCGCAACAUGUCGCAUAGCCAGACCAUGAACAUAAUGUCCGUUAGCAAGGAUCUGUCGCCGGAGCAGGAGAUGCCGCCAGCGCUGCCGCCCAAGAAUUACAAGCAGCGCAAACCCUCAACGACCACGACGACCACGACGACGUCGACAGCAAUUCCAGCAGCGAUCAUUACAACCCCACCGGCUAGUCCGAAGCCAAUGCUUAGCGAUGGUUCUCUAAGGGGCUGCCGCAUGACGACCGUCUGUGAGGAGCUCAACGAUCCGCCAACACACUCGGAUGAGGCAACCGCAGCAGCUGCUGCUGCGGCCGUAAUGGACAGCAAUGAAAAUGUCAACGCUGCCGGCGGCCACACCUACUAUUGUCACUCACAUCAGCUGCCCAGCGAGUCGGCGAAGGCUGGGGCAGGCGAGCAGCCAGCCACGCCCAUAAGUACGCCCAAAAUGCUGGACACCAGCGAUGUGGAGCAAGGUGUGGCCGUGGAUCAGCCCUUGCAGCCAGGCGAGCUAGAACUUGUAGAGGAUGAGGAGCAGGAUAUCGAUGGGGAGGAGGAAGAGGAGGAGGACGACGACGAGGGAGAGGUCGAUAAUCAAUUGCCAAAUAUGCUGGAAGAGAUCGACAUAACGCCAUACCUAAUACUCAAAAAGAAGGAGGAGGAUGGCCCAGAAGUGAAGGGCGGCUACAUUGAUGCGCUGAUCGUGCACGCCAGUCGCGUCCAGAAGGUCGCCGAUAAUGCAUUCAGCGAGGCCUUCAUUACAACCUUUCGCACCUUCAUUCAGCCGAUCGAUGUGAUCGAGAAGCUGACCCAUCGUUACACAUACUUCUUCUGCCAGGUGCACGAUCAGAAGCAGAAGGCCGCCAAGGAGACCUUCUCGCUGCUGGUGCGGGUCGUCAAUGAUCUGACCUCAACAGAUCUGACAAGCCAGCUGCUUAGUUUGCUGGUUGAGUUUGUUUAUCAGCUGGUCUGCUCCGGCCAGCUGUAUUUGGCCAAGCUGCUGCGCAACAAGUUUGUGGAGAAGGUAACGCUAUAUAAGGAUCAAAGGAGCUACGCCUAUAUCCCAGAUCAAUUGGGCAGCGGCAGCAAUACAAAUCAGCCCAGUCUGCUCGACUUGAAGUCAUUGGAAAUAGCCGAGCAGAUGACGUUGCUGGAUGCGGAGCUUUUUCAGAAAAUCGAGAUACCCGAAGUAUUAUUAUUUGCCAAAGAUCAGUGCGAGGAAAAAUCACCCAAUCUCAAUAAAUUCACCGAGCACUUUAACAAAAUGUCCUAUUGGGCGCGCUCCAAAAUCUUGCGUCUACAGGACGCCAAAGAGCGUGAGAAGCAUGUGAAUAAAUUUAUUAAAAUCAUGAAGCAUUUACGCAAAAUGAACAAUUACAAUUCGUAUCUGGCGCUGCUCUCAGCUCUCGAUUCGGGCCCCAUACGCAGAUUAGAAUGGCAGAAGGGCAUUGCGGAGGAGGUGCGCUCCUUUUGUGCGCUCAUCGAUUCGAGUUCCAGUUUUCGGGCCUAUCGCCAGGCGCUUGCCGAAACCAAUCCGCCCUGCAUUCCCUACAUCGGUCUGGUACUACAGGAUCUGACCUUUGUGCAUGUGGGCAACCAGGACUAUGUGUCCAAGGGUGUUAUUAACUUCUCAAAACGCUGGCAGCAAUACAACAUCAUUGUCAAUAUGAAGCGUUUCAAGAAAUGCGCCUUUCCCUUUCGACGCAAUGAGCGCAUCAUUGGCUUCUUUGACAACUUUAAGGAUUUCAUGGGCGAGGAGGAGAUGUGGCAGAUAUCGGAGCGCAUUAAGCCACGCGGUCGACGCCCAGUCAACUAUUAGUCUUAAUGCAGCAACAACACCAACUACAUUUAAAAGUGCAAUGUUUACAUACACACACACACACACACACACACCUGCUGUGUGUGCGAGUGUGUGUGUGCGCGCGCGCCGUGGAUGUGCAUAACUCCCUUAGACAUAACACACGCCGUCGUCAACUUAUCGAACUGGGUCUGAGUACAAUCGAUCAUUCACACUACUCUGUCUAUAUACGUAUAUAAGCUAUAUAUAUAUAUAUAUAUACGACUUAUAUAUGUAUAUAUCUAUAUAUAGCAAUAGAUGCAGUUGCAUAUGUGCAUGCACAUAAAAUGUACCUAAAAAAAAACGGGAAAAAAAUACAAUAUAUAUUACUAAAAAAAAAAAAAUACGGAGUUAAAUACGAUAUGUGUAGUUUGAAAAUAAAACAACAACAAAAUGUAAAUGCAAAUAUUAAGCAUGCAUGGAUAUUGUAAGAAUUAUAUAUAUAUCCAUAUAUAUGUAUACAUAUAUACAUGUGUAUUCGUAACAACCUACCUAACGGCUAACAUAGUUACCGUUACGAUAUCUGGCAGCGCACAUAAAAUUCCUAAUUACCUAUGUUAAUUUCUUCAAAUAUUCUAACUGUGUAUUAACAACGAAUUUUCGAAACGUGCUCGUUUUGUUUUUUAGAAACUAUGUUAACAAUAUUUACGUGUAUGUAGAGCCAAAAAACAAAAAACAAAAAAAAAAAAAAAAUUUAAUACAAAUUACGAGUUUUAUGUGUUUUUAAUAAGCGCUAAUUCGUCGAACCCAACGUAUACAAUCACCUAGAGACACCAAAUCGAAAGAAAAAAAAAAAACACGAACAAAUUCAUGAGCUGAUGAAAUCUAUAAGUAAUAAUAUUGUGCAUACGGCUGGCUAAUU